AAGUUGGUGAUGAGUUCCCAACGGUAGAAAGCUUUAAGGAAGUAGCGCAGGAAGGUGCCAAGGCAGCGGGUUUUGCUUUUAGCGCUUUAUAUAAGCUUGAAGAAAAAUAUGAUCACCUAAACGAUAGUGGGUCAAAAGCCACAUUUUUGCAUAAAAUCGAAGCAUUAGUUAGUGAAGAAAUUGUUAUUCCGAAGGCACCAUUGCCUAAUGCGUCUAAAAAACACCCAACAUCUACUAAGCGAGACCCUCUUCUUAGUGAAAUUCAAGAUAAAGCUGCUAUAAAAAAAGAAAAAAAUAUAAAAAAUGUAAAAAAUUCCACAACAUAUACAACAACCUUUAGUUUAUGA